GGGAUAGGUGAGCUCUGCACAGUUAUUGAGCCCUCUCUGCUCGCCAUGUUUUCUUGGGGGUUGAACUGUUUAUCCGUGCUGGGGGCUGCGGGCACCGCUCUCUUAUGUGCGGGUCUGCUGCUUGUUCUGGCCCAACACCUCUGGACCCUCCACUGGACUCUGAGCCGGGAUCGGGCCUCCGCCUUGCCCCUACCCAAGGGCUCCAUGGGCUGGCCAUUCUUCGGUGAAACGCUGCACUGGUUGGUUCAGGGCCCUCGUUUCCACAGUUCCCGCCGCGAGCGCUACGGGACAGUGUUUAAGACGCACCUUCUGGGCAGGCCAGUGAUCCGCGUGAGCGGCGCGGAGAACGUGCGCACCAUCUUGCUGGGCGAGCACCGCCUGGUGCGUAGCCAGUGGCCACAGAGCGCGCACAUUCUGCUAGGUUCGAACACACUCCUCGGCGCGGUUGGCGAGCCCCAUCGGCAACGGCGGAAGGUCCUGGCGCGCGUAUUCAGCCGCCCGGCUCUGGAACAAUUCGUGCCACGGCUGCAGGGGGCGCUGCGGCGAGAGGUGCGCUCCUGGUGCGCCGCCCGAGGACCGGUAGCUGUCUACGGGGCGGCCAAAGCGCUCACCUUCCGGAUGGCUGCUCGCAUCCUCCUGGGUCUGCAACUGGACGAAGCGCGAUGCACCGAGCUGGCCCAGACCUUUGAGCAGCUGGUGGAGAACCUCUUCUCACUGCCUUUGGACGUGCCCUUCAGCGGCCUGCGCAAGGGCAUCCGGGCCAGGGACCAGUUGUAUCGGCACCUGGAUGAGGCCAUUGCUGGGAAGCUUCAUGAGGAGCAGGCAGCAGAGCCGGGUGAUGCCCUGCACCUGAUCAUUACCAGCGCCAGGGAGCUGGGCCAUGAGCUCUCUGUGCAGGAGUUGAAGGAGUCGGCUGUGGAGCUCCUCUUCGCGGCCUUCUUCACCACGGCCAGCGCAAGCACGUCGCUCAUCCUGCUGCUUCUGCAGCACCCGGCGGCCAUCGCCAAGAUCCAGCAGGAGCUGUCAGCGCAGGGGCUGGGGCACGCAUGCGGGUGUGCAUCCCAGGCCACAGGGCCCAGGCUGGACUGCAACUGUGAGCCGGACCUUAGCCUGGCGGCGCUGGGCCGUCUGCGCUACGUCGACUGCGUGGUCAAGGAGGUGCUUCGCCUCCUACCGCCGGUGUCCGGGGGCUACCGCACUGCGCUGCGAACCUUUGAGUUGGACGGCUACCAGAUCCCCAAAGGUUGGAGCGUGAUGUAUAGCAUCCGAGACACGCACGAGACAGCUGCUGUGUACCGUAGCCCACCCGAGGGCUUCGAUCCGGAGCGCUUUGGCGUGGAGGGUAAGGACGCGCCAGGCUCCUGCGGCCGCUUCCACUACAUCCCGUUCGGCGGCGGCGCGCGCAGCUGCCUGGGCCAAGAGUUAGCGCAAGCGGUGCUGCAAUUGCUCGCCGUGGAACUGGUGCGCACGGCGCGCUGGGAGCUGGCUACACCUGCCUUUCCGGUCAUGCAGACUGUGCCCAUUGUGCACCCAGUGGACGGGCUGCGACUAUUUUUUCACCCUCUCACGACUUUGGGUGCGGAGGAUGGGUUGCACCUCUGA